AUGGCAAAGGAAGAGCAUUUACCAUUGUUUGAGACAAAAAAAGCCCAGGGAAGAGUCCUAUUUAGGAUUUUUGCAGCUUCUAUAUUUGCAGGCAUAUGUUUGAUUUGGGUUUACAGAGUAAGUCACAUACCAAAAGCAGGAGAAGAUGGAAGGUUUGCCUGGAUUGGAUUGUUGGGUGCUGAGAUAUGGUUUGGUUUUUACUGGCUCCUAACUCAAGCCUCCAGGUGGAACCCUGUUUAUAGGCACACCUUCAAGGACAGGCUCUCUCAAAGAUAUGAGAAUGAGUUGCCUGGGGUAGACAUAUUUGUGUGCACGGCGGAUGCAAGCAUAGAGCCACCAAUGAUGGUGAUGAACACUGUUCUGUCAGUCAUGGCUUAUGAAUAUCCACCAGAGAAGCUGAGUGUGUAUCUCUCAGAUGAUGGAGGGUCGGAAAUUACAUACUACGCCCUCAUGGAGGCUGCUGAGUUUGCCAAACACUGGAUACCAUAUUGCAAGAAAUAUAAUGUGGAGCCAAGAUCACCUGCUGCUUAUUUUGUCUCAAAACAUGGUGAUGAUGCAGUGGAAGAUAAUCAUCAGGCUAAAGAUUUCGUGGUUAUCAAGAAAUUAUACAAGUACAUGGAGAAUAAAAUCGAAAAUGCAGUGAAGCUAGGCCAGGUUUCAGACCAAGUACGAUCAAAACAUAAAGGCUUUUCUCAGUGGGAUUCAUAUUCAUCUCGACGUGAUCAUGAUACCAUUCUUCAAAUAGUAAUUGAUGGAAGAGACCCGAUUAAUGCAACAGAUAAUGAAGGUUGUGCGUUGCCAACUUUAGUGUAUUGGCUCGAGAGAAGAGACCCCAAUUGUGAUAUGUAUUCAAACAACUCCUUGGCCAUACGAGAUACGCUUUGUUUCUUAAUGGAUGAAGAGAAAGGCCAUGAGCUUGCAUUUGUACAGUUCCCACAGAAUUUCAAAAACCUUACUAAGAAUGAAUUAUACGCUUCAUUACGCGUAAUCAAUGAGGUGGAAGCACAUGGUGUGGAUGGUUAUGGAGGCCCUCUAUAUGUUGGAACUGGAUGCUUUCACAGAAGAGAUACACUUUGUGGGAGGAAAUUCAGCAAGGAUUCUAAGAGUGAUAUGAAGUGGGAUAAUAGGAAAAGAGAAGAACUUGGCAUUCAUGAAUUGGAAGAAAACACAAAAGGUCUUGCAAGUUGUACAUUUGAAGAGAACACUCAAUGGGGAAAAGAGAUGGGCUUGAAAUAUGGAUGUCCAGUUGAAGAUAUAAUAACGGGGCUAUCAAUCCAUUGCCGGGGAUGGAAAUCGGUGUAUUGCAAUCCAGCAAGGGAAGCUUUCUUAGGAUUAGCUCCAGCCACACUGCCUCAUAUACUUGUGCAGCAUAAGAGAUGGUCAGAAGGUAACUUUCAUAUUUUUCUUUCUAAGUACAGUCCUGCUUGGUAUGCCUAUGGGAAGAUUAGGUUAGGCCAUCAACUUGGAUAUCUUCGCUACUCCCUCUGGGCUUCAAAUUGCUUGGCAACCCUAGUUUACUCAACUCUCCCUUCGCUUUACCUCCUUAGAGGCACAUCCUUAUUUCCACAGAUGUCAAGUCCAUGGCUCAUACCAUUUGCAUAUGUGAUCAUUGGCAAGUACACUUGGAGCUUUGUGGAGUUUCUGUGGUGUGAUGGUACAAUAUUAGGUUGGUGGAACGAGCAACGCAUAUGGCUUUACCAGAGAACAAGCUCCUACCUCUUUGCCUUCAUAGAUACCAUUCUAUUCUCCAUCGGAUACAGUAAUUCAGCCUUUGUAAUCACAGCCAAGGUGGCAGAUGAAGAUGUGUCGAAGCGAUACGAGAAAGAGAUUAUGGAGUUUGGAGCCUCCUCUCCAAUGAUCACCAUUUUGGCAACAUUUGCGUUGCUCAAUCUGUGCUGCUUUGCUGGGUUUGUAUUGGAAGAAGCAAUUGCUGGAUCGAAGGGCAUUGCAAAAGCUUAUGAGACUAUGUCUUUGCAGGUUCUUCUGUGUGGGGUUUUGAUUCUCAUUAACCUACCUUUGUACCAAGGCCUUUACCUGAGAAAAGAUAAGGGGAAGAUGCCGAGCUCCGUAGCAUAUAAAUCAAUGAGCCCCCCAACCUACAAUUAA